AUGAAAGACCUUAAAGCAGAGAAACUGGAGUGCCAAAACCAACACCCGCCACAACCACAGGAACCAAGCGAAUUAGGCACCACCUUUUUCAGAAUCUGUGUCAAUGGGCUUAAUACAUUAUCAGGUGUUGGGAUACUAUCAAUUCCAUUUGCACUUUUCCAUGAAGUUGGCAAUAGCACAAGUGCAGUGCGCAGAAUAAAGCUUUGUCUGCCUCCAACUUUUAUACCUGCCAGGUAUGAAAGUUGCGGGCAGACAAGCUUUGUUCUGCUCACUGCACUUGUAUUAUUGCCAACUACAUGGCUGAAAAAUCUGGGGAUGCUAGCUUAUAUUUCUGCUGGAGGGAUUUUGGCUUCAAUUUUAUUGGUGGCUAGCUUGUGCAUUUGA